UCGUUAGUCGGAAGAUACUGAAAUCGGUAAAGUUGGAGCGAGAUUAAUUGUAACGUAUAGAGAGUGAAGCAGUGUAGGUGUGCCCAGCCGGUUAACGGCGGCGGGAAAGCUAAUUUCCUUUGCUUUUACUGCAAUUAAAAAGGAAGGGUUGGGAGAGAGGGGGGAGUGUUCGAUAGACAGAAGAUCCUGUAAACGGUUAAAUUGGAGGAGUUUGGAGAAGUAUUGAAACAACGGUGACAUCAGAAAGCGAGAGAAAAAUAGUAACGUGUGGAAAGUAGAGAAGCGUAGAUAGUGUGUGGUUGUGUGGGGGUGUGGCCAACCGGUUGACGGCGGCGGGAAAGUUAGGAAGAGUUGGUGACGGGGGAGAGGGGCAAGCGUUCGUUAAACGGAAGAUCUUGGAAUCGGCAAAGUUGGAAAAAUUCGGAGAAGUAACAAGACAAAGGUGACAUCAGAAAGCGUGAAAAAUUGUAACGUGUAGAAAGUGAAGCAGUAGAUAGUGUGGGUGUGCCCAGCCGGUUGACGGCGGCGGGGAAGUUAUUUUCCUUGGCUUUCACUGCAAUUGGAAAAGAAGUGUUGGUGACAGAAGAGGGGGGAAAUCGUUCGUUAGUCGGAAGAUACUGAAAUCGGUAAAGUUGGAGCGAGAAUAAUUGUAACGUAUAGAGAGUGAAGCAGUGUAGGUGUGCCCAGCCGGUUAACGGCGGCGGGAAAGCUAAUUUCCUUUGCUUACUGCAAUUAAAAAGGAAGGGUUGGGAGAGAGGGGGGAGUGUUCGUUAGACAGAAGAUCCUGUAAACGGUUAAAUUGGAGGAGUUUGGAGAAGUAUUGAAACAACGGUGACAUCAGAAAGCGAGAGAAAAAUAGUAACGUGUGGAAAGUAGAGAAGCGUAGAUAGUGUGUGGUUGUGUGGGGGUGUGGCCAACCGGUUGACGGCGGCGGGAAAGUUAGGAAGAGUUGGUGACGGGGGAGAGGGGCAAGCGUUCGUUAAACGGAAGAUAUUGGAAUCGGCAAAGUUGGAAAAAUUCGGAGAAGUAACAAGACAAAGGUGACAUCAGAAAGAGAAAGGAAGUGUUGGGAGAGACGGAAGAGAGGGGGAAGUGUUGUUAGAUGAAAAAUCCGGUAAAGUUGAAGGAUUUCAAAGAAGUAAUAAAGCAACGACGUCAUCAGAAAGCAAGAAAGUGAGAAAAUUGUAACGUGUAGAAAUUGGUCCAGUGAUGAUAGCGUGGGGGUGGCCAGCUGGUUAACGGAGGCGGUAAAGUAGUUUUCUUCUGCUUUUAUCACGUUUAAAAAGGAAACGUUGGUGUCAGGAGAUAAGGGAAAGAUUUUGUGACGAAAGAUACUGGAGCUAAGAAGUUGGAGUGAUUAUAUCGUGGGAAGAUUGCAUUUGGGAGAAGUAACAAGUCAGCGGUGACAUCAGAUAGUGAGAAAAACUGUAACAAGAAAGUUUCGGUAACAGGAGAAAAGGGAAGUGUUCAUUAGCUGAAGCUUCUUGAAAUUGGAACAUGGUUGGAGUUUUGUGAGUUGGCAUUACUAUUGAAGGAGAGGAAAGAACAAGAGAAGGUAACAGUAUACAGCAAUGACGGUGGUGGCGGAAAGAGAAAGUGUAAAGGAGAAGAAUAGUAGCUGAACAUGGAAAAGAAAACUUGAUGUCCGGAAGAUAGGGUGGAAUGAGAAUAUUAGUUGUGGAGUUUAAAGCAGUUCGGAAAUGGAGAGCACAAAAAGAAAUCGUGGUGGACUUUUGGAAGAAAAAGGUAUUGCGGAUUGUUUGAGAGAGUUCAAUUCGAACCAAAUAAGGUAGGCCAAACUAUAACAUACUUUUAAAGGAGUGGGAGCGAGUGUUGUAUUUAAUAGUAAUUCAUAAAAAUCAUCGGUCUACAAAUUUAAUACAAUAAUGAGGGAAGUAAAUGUUGCGGUAGAGGAUAGUGUGGGAUAUCUUGUUCUGGACCAAAUAUGUCAUGGAAUGGGUUGCGGGUAUUUUUUUGACGAGGACAUUGAGGAAUUCUACCUGAUUAUAGCUGAUUACAUAAGGAGGAAUAAAUAUGAGUUUUGGCAAAGAAGUGGAUGGGAUUGUGCGGUGGGAUUAAAUGUUGGAGAGGAGGUUAAUAAAUACAUACAAAGAAUAGAAAGUGGUGAUAUAUUCGGUCAAGAAAUUUUUUGGGUUGUCUCUAGUAUCCUAGAGUGCGAAAUUGAAGUAUUCAUGACAAAUAAAACAAAAUUGUUAUAUGGUAACGGAUACAAAAAUUCAAGUUUUGGAAAAUUGAAGUUUUUAAUCAGCGACAAUGGGCAAAUCAGAUGUGUUCAGGAAGAUGGCGAUGGCAGUACUAUACGGUGCCUUGAACGAGUUACAAACAUGGGAGAAGUAGUAAACGAAGGUUGUGAGAGUGUGGUUCGAAAGGAAACAGAAGUGAUUGGGAAGUUAGAAGGAAAAAAGGAACAGAUUGACAAGACAUUAUUAAGCAGUAGAAUUCAGAAUAAUGAAAUCAAUGAUGAGAAAUUAUUGACCUUGCUCAAAGAAAAAGUUCUAGAAUCUUUGGCAUUUGAACAAUCUGGAAAUGAAAAUAGUGGUAGAAUUGAGAUGGUUACAUCAUUUUUUGAAGAGUUAGAUAUGAUGGAGCAAGGUGUGGGAGAAAUGUCAACAAACAAUUUAAAUAAAUUGUUCAAUAUAGAAAGAAAGAUCAGUGAGUUGGCAGAACACAUUGGUAAAGAGAUUGUUUUGAUUGAUGAAGAUAAAGAGUAUGUUUUCGGAGUAACAGAGAUGAAAAGAAAGGCAAAACCAUUAGUAAUUGAAGUGGAGGGUAAACAAACAAGAAUAAGUAUGAGAUCAAUUACACCAAACAAAGAAAAUCUUUUCAGAUAUUGGAACAGAAAUUAUUUGAGACUAGCUAAAGACAACUAUGUCACGAAGCCACAAGAGUUAAUUUAUGACAUAAGGGUUCCUGGUUCCGAGGAGCUAUUGAAAGUGAAGAGAAUAGAUGGAGAUGGUAAUUGUUUGUUGAGAGCUCUGCUAGAUCAGAUGGGUAGGAUUGAUAAGGCUUACUAUAUGUCAGAUUUCAAUGUUGCCAAAUUAAGGUAUCUAAUAUCACACCACAUUAAAAUUAAUCGUAGUCGUUUUGAAGUGUUUUUAUUUGAUUAUAUUGCGUUGGAAGGGAGUUUUGAGGAUGUAAUUAAAAAAUUCAAUGAAAAUGGAUAUUGGCUAGGGCAUGAAGCAAUGGUAGUUACUGCAGAAAUAUUUAAUGUGAAGAUAAGAGUGGUAGAUAAAUUGGGUAGAAUAUAUGAGUUCGGAGAUUCAGUUAAUGAGGCCAGAAAAUUAGAAAUAUAUUACACAGGUCAGACAGAAGGUGUUCUCAAUCAUUAUGAUAGCAUAGUAAAGGUCAGUAACAACGUAAUGGUAGAAAGCUAUGCUUCAUUGUCUUCUACAGAAAUACAGUGUACACAACAAGUAGAAAAAAAUAACAAAAGCUCAAAUGUUAGUAUAGAUGAAGUAAAGAAACAGGAAUUUCAGAUAAAAGCUAAAGGUAGAAAUACGAAAGAUCCAGUUACAUAUAAGAGUAAACAAAUGAUAUACCCACGUGAACAAAAUAAGGGCAAAAAUCCAAAUGAUAACAGAAGGAUAGAAGAUAGGUCAAUUGAUAAAGAAAUGAUAAUUUCAGAAGAACAAGACAACGCCGAACGAUUGAAUAGCUCAGAUAACAUAAUGGCAUCAAGAAAAACAGCAUCACAACAGGACUUACUAAAAGACUUAACUGCAACAAAUGAUGUAAUUGAGAACAAGGAAGUGGCAGAAAAAGCAGCAAUGAAUAGUAUAAAAAAGAACAUACUGACUAAAAUUGUUACAUGGAAUGUUGGGGGAUGUAGAACAGAAGAGAAAAGAAAAGAAAUAGAUGGUACUCUGGAAGCAUACGAUAUAGAUAUAGCUGUUCUUCAAGAGGUAAAUACAUUGGGUGUUGAAGCAAGCACAACAAAUUACAAUUGGAUUAUUAAAAACAACAAUACAAACAAAACUAGGGGUUUGGCAUUAUUGAUACGAAAAGGUAUAGGAAUACAAGUCCAGCACAUUAAAAUAUCUGAAAACAACAUGAUGUGGUGCAAGUUAUCAGUGCGCGGUAAUAGAUUGAUUCUUAUUAAUGUGCAUGCUCCUAAUGUAAAACAGAAUACAAAACAGGCUCAGACCACAUUAGCAACUACCGGUAGUGUUCCGGAAUCCAACGGAAUCAACGGAUCGCCUCAGAACACGUUUGUACCUGGAGUUGUUGAGUUAGCUGAACAUCAUGGUGCAUUCAUCGCUGGCGAUGAUUUCAAGUCCGGUCAAACCAAAUUGAAGUCCGUGCUGGUCGAUUUCCUGGUUUCGGCCGGUAUCAAGCCGGUUUCGAUUGUAAGUUACAACCAUCUGGUAAAAAACGAUGGAAAGAAUCUUUGCCCGCAGCAGUUCCGUUCGAAAGAGAUAUCAAAGAGUAAUGUGGUUGACGACAUGGUUGCUUCCAACAACAUCCUCUACAAGCCUGAUGAACACCCAGAUCACUGUGUCGUCAUCAAGUACGUUCCCUAUACCAGCCAGGUCAUGCUUGGAGGGCACAACACCUGCGAAGAUUCCCUGCUGGCGUCGCCGUUGAUACUGGAUUUGGCCAUUUUGGGUGAGCUCUGUUCGCGAAUUCAGAUCAAGAGGAAGGACGAAACCAAUGCGGAAUACGUUCCCUUCCGGUCGGUACUAUCGCUGCUCAGUUACCUGUGCAAGGCACCGCUCGUCCCCGAAGGAACCCCUGUGGUCAACUCGCUGUUCCAACAGCGCACCGCCAUCGAGAACAUCCUGCGAGCUUGCGUUGGACUGCCUCCGCUGAGCCAUAUGUCGUUGGAGCAUCGGUUUAAAGUUGGAAUCUCCUCCACGGAGCCACCAAUGAAGAAAGGUAAAAUUUCCAACGAAGCCGUGAGCAAGAACGUCACCAACGGCGUUCACACAAAUGGAACCUGUACCAACGGAAACGGUGUUCAUGACAUUGCCGACUAUUAGAACUUACGAGCUCCAACGAACGGCGUAUGGGUCAAGUUUAAUUUGAUCUGAGUGCAGCACUUGUUUCGGACGUAGGUUACUCGUAAUUCUGAUAGUAUAUUCUCAACCAAAACAGCAACACAUGUAUGUAAUUCUAAACCCGUCCGUUCCAAGACUUGGUGGUGCCCCAAAUAACCUCGAAUCGUACAAUCGUGAUGAAAAUUCAUGGAAACGCUUAUCUAUUUUCUUCAAUUGCAAGAAAUAGUUGUAGGUUUCGAUAUUCCGCCAAAGGAACGG